CUGGCUCCUUAUAGCCCCGAGGAGGCAGGAAUCCCGGACGAAUGGUACGGACAUCGCCGACAGAGACCGGCGGAGAGUUACCCUUUAAACACGGUCUUAUGACUGCAGGCUGCCUCAGUGAAGACGGUAGAGGACACGUAUCCCCCUGCAGAGGCUGAAUGGUUGGUGCCAGUCUGACAGAACUUGUGGAGUUUACCGGACACUACCAUCUCACCUGUCUGCAGAUCACCGGUUGCAUCUGAGAACACUUCUCCUCCUGCAGCUGUGAGGAAAUGUGUCGCCUGCCUUUAGCUUCACUCUUCAUUGGCUUCUGGUUGGUCGAGGGAAGCCAGUGCAGUGGCAGCCUUCAGGAAAACAUGGAAGCGCUGCACACCAGGUUCGCUGUCAGCCUCUAUCAGACCCUCACCGAGACGGAGAACAACUCCAACCUCAUCGUGUCUCCCGUGAGCGUCUCCUUGUCUCUGGGUCUGCUACAGUUCGGUGCCAGGGGAAACACGCUCGCACAGCUGGAGCAAACACUGGGAUACAAUGUUAAUGAAGCCCAGAUACAGGACUUCCUGUUGCGUUCACAUGGCGACAUGAGCAACAGCAGCCAGGGGAUGUGGCUGCAGCAGACCUGCACGUUAUUCGUCCAGAGUGGCGUUCGUCUCCUCGAUGAGUUCACGCACCACGCUGCUGCUUGGGCGAACACCAGUGUGGUCCGAGCCAACUUCACUCAGCCCAGCCACGCUGGCAGCCAACACUCGGGGCACAACCAUGAUGAGACAUGGCCCCUGCAGUCAGGAAGCAGCAGCGGGGAGCUGUCGGGCUCCGGUGAGGCCCAGGCCGAGGCUCUGUGGUGGGGCCACUGGCUGCAGAUGGCCCUGGUCAACACAGUGGCCUUCAGGGGCAUCUGGCAGAAACACUUCGUCUUCACCAACACCCAGAACCUGCCCUUCACUCUCUCUGAUGGCAGCACCAUCAAAGUGCCAAUGAUGUAUCAAGCUACAGAGGUCAGAUUUGGUCAGUUCAGGACAUUAUCAGACCAGCGUUACACUGUGUUGGAGCUCUCUUACCUGGACCGCUCUCUGAGCCUGCAGGUGGUCCUUCCCAGUGAGAGGAAGACACCGCUGUCCACCAUUGACUCCCAGCUUAACGCCCGCCAGCUGGCGUCCUGGGACACCGGCCUGCGCCGAACCAAGAUGGACGUUUUCCUGCCCAGGUUCAGAAUGCAGAACAAGUUUAACCUGAGGUCAGUGCUUCCUGCCAUGGGCAUCAGUGAUGCCUUUAAUCCCACAGCUGCUGACUUCAGUGGAAUAUCAGGUACAUCAACUCACACUGUGCUAAGUGUAGCUCUGCUGGCAGCUGACAGUUUGUUACCCCUUGCAGUUGAGGAAGGUCUUUACGUGUCUGAUGCUUUCCAUGAAGUGAGAAUAGAAGUCACAGAAGAUGGCACAAAGGCAGCCGCUGCCACAGCUAUGGUGCUACUCAAACGAUCCCGUGCUCCAGUUUUUAAGGCAGACAGGCCGUUCUUAUUCCUGCUACGACAGAUCAACACAGGAUCCGUCUUAUUCAUGGGCCGAGUGAUGAACCCUUCUGACCAAGCACCUUAACUUCUGACACACACACACCUAUUUCACUACUGGUAUUUAUUUUCUGGACCAACAGAGGACAGUCCACAGACACUGUGGGACAGGAAGAGGGACACUAUUUUUGUACAUAUACCUGUAAAUAAAAUUUUAAUACAUGUUUUUACAA